GUUGUAGAUUGAAGCGCUGCUGUCCCUGCACUCGUUAUAACACUGGAGAUGUUGUGUUCAACAAGAAAGCAAUUUGUUGAACUUGAUACCAAAGUGGCAGAGUGGAGAUAAAUUGAAGAUGUAUUAAACCGAUCUGAAUUUGAAGAUUUCCGUUUUUGUUUUACCUUAGUUGAUUUUUGUCGGAUUCUAGCACAAGAUCUCUUGUUGUCUUCUCGUAAUUACUGAGCUGAUUAUGCUAAGUUUUAAUCGUUACUGUCAUGUCAGCCUUUUGUUGUAGAUAAACUUUGUUUUAGUGCGUCUCCAAUUAUAAAAGUUGUUAUUUUGACGAAUGACAAUCUCAACUUUUGCUCCAGUCUGUGGUUGUUUCUAUUAAGUUUGAUAACUAAAUUAUGAACAUAGACACAGCUAAAUAAAUCACCCAAUAUAGUGAACAUGUCCAGUGUGAAGGACAGGUUAAAAGCGGAGUUAGCAUCGAAUGAGCCUGAAGCAAGCACCAGUGCUAGUGGUACUAAAGAAAUACCUGCUCCUGAACCUGAUACAGAAGAUAAAGCAAAACUUCAGAUCCUAGUUUCGGCGCUGAGCGAGGAACAACUUGACAGAUAUGAAGCGUUCAGAAGAUCCAAGUUUCCCCAGUCUAUGAUGAGGAAGACUGUACAUGGAAUGACGGGGGUUAUGCCCUCUAGUAACUGCUGUAUUGCUUUAUCAGGUAUUGCUAAAGUUCUAGUUGGUCAGAUAGUCGAGGAGUCACUGGAUGUACAAGAAAGUCUCAAAGAAAGUGGACCAAUACACCCCAAACACAUCCGGGACGCGGUGAGACGUCUCAGAAACCAGGGACAGUUAGGAAUCAGUCAUCACAGGAAGAAUAAGUUGAAGAGGCUGUGAGGUGGAUGUAAUGAAAUUAGAGUUAUUGUAAGUCACAGCAGAGCUGUAAGCGGACAAGUUGCCAGCAACAAGAUUCAGAUGUUAUCAGUCUAUCUAGUGUGGUGGAAUUAUUAUGCUGAUACAAAUUAAAAGAGAUGCUCAAAUAUAUGUUCACGAUGAUGACAAUGACGAGUGACGACGAACUGUAUUGUAAUAAAUUUUCAGUUUAUACGAAUUAAAUAUUUAUGUAUGGAAUCAAUCAUUCGAGAAAAUCGAAUUUUCAUGAAACUUUAGUAGU